AUGGCGUCAAAGGCUAUGGCAACUGCAACCGUUCUAUUGAGAAUUUCCACUACUUUAUUCGCAGCCGGAUGUGUGGUGGUUCUGAUACUGGACAAGGCCACAGAUGUUGAUGGCAGCAAAGUAACAUUCAAGAAUGUCAUUGCCUACAGGUAUGUGCUGGCCACCGCUGUUGUUGGAGCGGCCUAUUCCAUGUUACAGUCCCCUUUCGCCAUAUACUAUGCUUGCACUGAAAAAAGGCUCAUUCGCGGAGGUUUCUUGCCAGCCUUUGACUUUUAUGGGGACAAGGUGAUGGCCUUUCUUCUGGCCACGGGUGUCGGUGCUGGUUUCUUGGUCACUGUGGAGCUGAAAGAAUUUCUGGGUGAUUUGUUCCAUGAAUUUGGGGCAGAUUUGAAAGAUUCUCCGUUUGAAAGUUUCUUCAACAAGGGAUAUCUGGCGGCGGGUCUUCUGGCAGGAGCAUUCUUAUCCAUGGCUGUUCUUUCAGUUUUUUCCUCUCUCCACCGAACCACCAUCGGCGGCAAAGGUUUCUUCCGAUGAGAUUUUAUCAAAUAUUUCUUCUUUCAACUCGUUAUCGUGAACAACUGCCUUCCUUCUAUUUAUUUACUAUUUUUGGGUCAAAAUAAAAUAAAAAUAAGAUAUAUGUCCGGCGCUUUGUAAUACUAGCUAGUUAGUUUCCCCUGCCCCGUCUUUCCUCGAGCAAACAUUGUAGCAUUGCAGCAUUAUUGCAUAAAAGUAAAUGGAGUGCUACUAUUUUUGGAUUAAA